UGUCACCUCCAUUCGUGAAAUUUUUUUACAGUAAAUAAGACAUUUAUAAGUAAAGUGAAGAUUUUCUUUUACGUAAUAUGAAUAUUAUGGGUUUGACAGUAAUUUGAAGGGAAAAACGAGGAUAUAAGAAGCAUAAAGCAAUUGUAGCAAGAUGCUGGAAGAAUAUGCGGGGACCUUUGCCUAUUGGGGCUCCGUAUCGAUGAUUCCGUUUUUCUUGUGCCCUUUAAUGGCUUGUUGGACCAUUAUCAAAUGGGGAUUCGCUGAUUUUUUUGAACCUAUCGUAUUCAUUGAUGGAUUAGUAAGAUCUUUACUAUUCUACCAAUACGCCAAAUUGCUCGAGUGGCAAGAUAUGACGCAAUCGAAUCUACUCGGGGUUGUCUUAUCCGUCAUUUAUACAUCGGUUUAUUUUCAUUACUUGAGUAAUAAGAUGAAAUUCUACAAAUCGAUGGCGAAAUGGGCAUCUUUCACGGUACUCGUACUGUUAUAUGCCAACUGGGUGUCGAAGGAAUUGGCAUCCGUACAUAUCGAGUACAUUAUAGCCGUUUAUAAUUUACUUUCCAUGAUAUACCCGUUCCAGGGCGUGAAACUCGUUUACAAGAAUAAAUGCACUUUUGGAAUACCCUAUCCUGUAGUAUUUGCCGGACAAAUAGUGUGUACUUUUUGGCUUCUGUUUGCCAUUAGCGUUCAUAAUUACUUAUUAAUGGUGCAACUAGCAAUAUCUUUCGUUUUGGGAGCAAUCCAAAUAGUCUUCUUUUUCGUGUACCCUUCGCAUCCGACAUUCGUCAGUGCUCAUCCACCAACGCAAAGUCAUCCUGACACCGAUUCCGCCGAUUGCAGCAGCAAGAAGACAACUUAGAGCAGAUCUGGGCACGUUUUAGCGACCAGGGAAUCCCAUCAGGCCAACUGCAGCGACCAGAUUCGCCUUAAAAUACAUAUUUAAUAAUUGUAUUACACGUUUUUAUGAACAUCAUCGAGUAUGGAAAUUUUUCGCGAUGAUGAAUACUCCAACGAGCUCAUUUUUAUACCCAUUAAAAAAGCGAUGAAAUUUACUUCAUUAAUAAAAAAUAUACUUGAUUUAACGUUAAC